AUGGGCAAUGCAAAGCUUUGCCCACGCCGUUCGCGGCAAGCGGUUUGCUCUGCCAAGGAUAUCCCCGCAAAGCCGCAGCCCACUGGGAGGGAUGCUGUGUGCACCGUUUCGCCCAGAAAUCGGCAGCAUGUUUGGGAUGUACCAGGCGUGAAUCUUCACUGCGCUUUAUGUGAUGAGAUACUCUUCACCACUCCGCUGGAACUGGCUGCGGCUUUGCUUGAUUUCUUACUCGAAACCAUGGCCGACUCCCACUGGAUCGCAGGACAGGCAGAACAGGCCGGACAGGGACAAGCUGGCUACGCCAUCGCAGCACGAAUUCAAUCUGCAGUUUGUGUGGGUGCAGCCAUGAUCCGUCCCUUGGAUCCAAUGCCCGAAAUUCUCUACAACAAAUUGCAGCAAGUGCUGCUGGAUUUCCAGGUCCAAGCAAUGCACCCAACGCGAUCAAGUCCUCUGAAAGAGUUGGAAAGGGCCACUCUCUUGCACUCCAAAUUCCUCCUGGAGCUGUGCUUUGGCUUUGGCAGACUCUCCAGCAUGCCCACGCGCCUAGCGGUUCGCUUGUUCAGUGCGAUGCAAGUCUCAGAUGGCUUAACCAUUUGGAGCAUCGUGGAGGAGCUUCGUUCUUGCAUGAAGAGGAGCUGGCCACAGCACAAGACCUCGGAGGGUCAUCGGCUGCAAGUGGCCUGUGUUGUGCUGCGAAUCUAUGGCUUGACAUCGCUGCUGGCCGGUUCCUCUAGGAUUCUGGAAACCUUGGAGAAGCAGUCCGAGUACUCGGUCUCCAGCGCGUUGGAAGACAUGACUACUGCUGCCCAAGCGCUAACCAUGACGGAGUCACAUCAGGUCUCCUCCUUUGGUUCGUUUGGCGGCAAAAUCGAUCUCAGGGAGGAGAAUGAUGCGAACAUGGAGGUGAGUUGGCUGGUCAGUUGGAUGGUGCUCCAAGCCGCGGCCACUCUCUUUUGUGCCAAGCCCUGCAAUGCGGGACAGACGCAAAUCACCGCCUGGAGCAUCAAACAUGCGCGGGAACUGGCCACAGGUCCUGCGGCUUCUGCUGUGUCCUUGAGAGCUGUGUCAUUGCUGCUGAGUUGGCGCCAAAAGCUGGAAGCGGUGGCGGAUGGAGAGGAAACUCUAGUGGAAGUGGUGAAAGCCUUGUCUGCGGCCAGUCACUACAGUACUUCUCAAGGUUCAGAUUACUGUAAGUUGAUGAUGGGUUUGAUCGGGAUGCCAUCAUUGAUCUUGCAACUGGGCCGUGUGCGUUGCACCCUGCAUGAACGCGAAGGGCUACCUUCCAACUGCCUGAUUUGCGUGCCAGGGAUGUCGGAUGGAAAUGACAAGCUCCCCUCGUCCCAUGACAUAGUCAUGAAAAGUGCCGAUGGCUUGAGCCCUGAGCAGUUGCCUCUGGAAUUCCUGGGAGUUAAUGGGCGCUCAGAGGAAUGGCCGGAAGAUGAAACCUCUUUGAUGAUUCGGGCACUGAAGGAUCAAAAUCGACCUGAGGCGGUCUUCACAGUUCAUCCAGGUAUCAUCCUGGAGGGUGAAGAUAUCUUGAUGGCCACCAUGUCCUUAGCUGCAGCCAAGGUGAGAUGCACCGGCCUCCCAAACUGCAUCGGUUUUUAUUCGGAGGACUGGCCAUUCGAGGGCGAUGGACCCGAUGGACCCGAUGGCGAUGUUCGAGCUGAGGUGGAUGUCCAUUUCAAAACCGCAUGGAAGCCCCGGACUAUGUCCACAGCGAAAUCAGGCCGAACAGCAGUGGCCUAUCAGAAAGAGCGAGCAUCUCCACUCUUCACACGACGUCAGGGUUAUGCCUUGGAUGGAGCAGAUCUCUUUGUGGCUGAAAUGACCAUCGAGGCAGCCAAGAGGUUUUGUAGCGACUUAGAAAACUGCAUGGGUUUUACCCUCCGCGGCAACUGCGGGGAUGGCCCCACCUUGAUCCAUUUUAAAUCUGGAACCAAACUGGUGCUUGAUUCGACUGGAGUGAGCACCUGUUACGUUUUUGAGACUGAAUCUCGAAGCCACGCAUUGCCGGCAGACGGAGCCGCCUUUUUUCAGUUGAUGGACGGCAAAGAGGAAGUUCACAGUGGCUUGGCAAUUCUGGAUGUCAUGGCAAACGUCUCCACUCCGUUGAAGACCGUUUGCUAUGGCCGCUGUUUCUCAAUUGCUGCUGUGCUCUUGGCGGCUGGAACACCCGGCCACAGGUCUGCAUAUGAGCAUGCGAGAUUAAUGAUUCAUGAACCCAGUUGCAGCUAUCCCAAGCUUUCAGCUUCGGAUGUGAUUCUGAAAGCGGAGGAAUUGCGAAAUACCAAGCAAACCUUGGAAGAGGUGCUCAGCAGAUUGACUGGGAAACCUUUGGCAGACAUCGUUGAUGCCGUUGCUAGGGACAGAUAUAUGUCUGUGCAAGAGGCUGCCGGAGUCUUCACUAUGGUGCCAAACUAG